AGGAGGAAAACAGAUCCUUGUAUCGUGUGAGGAGUGGUUGCAACUCACGAGGGUGGGCCAGCUCUUAAGGUGCAAUUGGGCUUGUGAUGGGAGAUACAGAGUCCAAAUGCUCAACUGGUAAUAGGGCCAUGAAGGAUGACUGAUCCAGAUGGCUAGGCUGCUUAGUGAUGCCGUGCAGUACAUGAGAUUGCCCCUUUUCAGUAAACACCAUCACUUUUCCUGAGAAAUGCCAUCCGAUGAAACCCAAAGUUUCAAGCCACCGUGCUCCGAGAAGAAGGAGCUCGUAAAGUGGUAUCCUUGAAUAGAAACGGUGACAUCCACCGCUUGGCCUGACGGUGAAAGUGGUUCACCUGAUGCUGAAGUGAAUUGGAGAUGCGAAGCAGUCAUGUGUCUCUCAGUCCACACAAAAGGAGAAGCAGUCAUGUGUCUCUCAGGACCACAAUACUAAGGGCUGUUCUAACAUCCAGCUUCUCGCAUUACUACUUAAUAAGCUGAAGACUGGAAUUGCCUCCAUUAUCGACUACCCAAAUCUGGAGUUCACUUCUCAGAGGAUGAGUGGAGCAAGGAAAGUUGCUGUGUGUGUAACUGGAGCGUCUGGUUAUAUUGCAUCAUGGCUGGUCAAGCUUUUGUUAGGACGAGGUUAUAUUGUCAAAGCCACUGUCCGGGACCCAAACGAUCCGAAGAAAACAGAACACUUGCUUUCACUCGAUGGAGCAAAAGAAAGGCUUCAUUUGUUCAAAGCAGAUUUGCUAGAUGAAGGAUCUUUUGACCCUGUGGUUGAUGGAUGUGACGGUGUUUUCCAUACAGCAUCUCCAGUACUAUUUUCAUCGAUCAGUGACCCACAGGCAGAACUAAUUGACCCUGCUGUGAAGGGAACACUAAAUGUUCUGAAAUCAUGCAAAAAAUUUCCAACCGUCAAGCGAGUGGUUUUGACAUCUUCUAUGGCUUCAGUAAUGAUGAAUGGAAAACCUCUGACCCCUGAUGUUGUGGUGGAUGAAACAUGGUAUUCAGAUCCACUUAUUGCUGAGAAGCACAAGCUAUGGUAUCUUCUUUCAAAGACUUUAGCUGAGGAGGCUGCUUGGAAUUUUGCUGAAGGAAAUGGGAUUGACUUGGUUUCAAUAAAUCCGGGGUUUGUGAUAGGACCACUCUUACAGCCGACAAUUAAUUUGACCGUGGAGAUGAUUCAGAAUCUCAUAACUGGCAGGGCAGUGCCCCUUUCAAAUUACAGAUUGAUUGAUGUUAGAGAUGUUCUAGAGAUUCUAGAGAUUAUACAACAACUUUAUCCCACUUUGCACAUUCCUGAAAGGUGUGAGGAUGACAAUCCUCUUUUGCUUCCUUCUGACCCACAGUUUCAAGUAUCCAAGGAGCAGGCAAAAGGUCUGGGAAUUGGUUUUUAUCCAUUUGAAGCAACUCUGAAGGACACUAUUGAAAGCCUGAAGGAGAAGGGCUUUCUCAACAUAUGAUUCAUCCAAUUGACGGCAUCCUGUUAGUUCAUCACGUAUCGGCAGUUGAAAUGCGGUUUAUGAUGAACUCCAGAGAUAUAAUGAUGGAUGAUAUAUUGUUCAGUGCCAAGGCUUCCUUUAAUUCAUCUAUAGAUAGAUUUAGAGUUAACUAGGAAAAUGCUUCAGCUUGUUAUAUAUGGCUCCAUCGAGAAUAAAUGCUCAUGAGAAGCAUAAUGUAAAAUUUGGAUAAACACAGAAAGCAUAUUGUAAAAUCUUCCUGUCAAGGGACUAGUUUUCAGUUCUGUGACUUCAGUAAUGAUGAA